UGACGAACAAACAUGGCGGCCUCCAUCAGCUUUCGAUUGUCAAAGUCGAAGGGACUUUUAUCGAUUGCGGCUUCGUCGAGAACCUUCGGAUGUCAGUUCUCUUGGAGACACUUCAAUAGGACCUUCAGCACACGUACAACCUUGCAGUCCCAAGACCUAUAUUGGAAUGACAGAUCUGAUCCUAAUGAGAAGACAUUUGAUAAGAUUCUCAUCGCGAACAGAGGAGAAAUAGCAUGUCGAGUGAUCAAAACCUGUAAACGCUUGGGUAUCAAGACUGUAGCUAUACACAGUGAUGUCGACUCGAGAUCAGUACACACUCUCAUGGCUGAUGAAGCUGUCAAUGUCGGCCCCGCCCCUACCAACCAGAGUUAUCUUAACAUGGAUGUCAUUCUACAGGCUAUCAAGGAGACUGGUGCUCAGGCUGUUCAUCCUGGAUAUGGUUUUCUCUCAGAAAACACAGUGUUUGCUGCCAAACUUGCGGAUAUUGGAGUCGAGUUCAUCGGCCCCAGCAGUGGUUCUAUUCAUGCUAUGGGAGAUAAGAUUGAGAGCAAGAGAAUCGCGACUAAAGCUGGUGUGAACAUGAUCCCUGGACACGAUGGGGAAGUGGAUGACGCCGAUGCCUGUGUCAAAUACGCUAACGAAAUAGGGUAUCCAGUUAUGGUUAAGGCAUCAGCAGGUGGGGGAGGUAAAGGCAUGAGGAUUGCCUGGAACGAUCAGGAGGCAAGAGAUGCAUUCCGCCUGAGUAAGCAGGAAGCUGCCUCCAGCUUUGGGGACGAUAGGAUGUUAAUAGAAAAGUUUAUAGAUAACCCACGACAUAUAGAAGUCCAGGUUCUAUGUGACAAACAUGGAAAUGCGUUGUGGCUGAACGAGAGAGAGUGCUCCAUACAACGGAGGAACCAGAAAGUGAUUGAAGAAGCUCCAAGUACCUUCAUUGAUCCAGACAUGCGCCGAGCAAUGGGAGAGCAGGCAACACAGCUAGCCACAGCUGUGGGCUAUACAUCUGCAGGCACGGUGGAGUUUCUCGUCGACUCAAAGAAGAACUUCUACUUCCUUGAGAUGAAUACCAGACUUCAGGUUGAGCAUCCCAUUACAGAGUGUAUCACCGGCAUAGACCUUGUUCACCAGAUGAUCCGGUCCGCAAAAGGCCAUAAGUUACUCCACCAACAGUCAGACAUCCCUAUAGAUGGGUGGGCAUUUGAGUGCAGAGUGUAUGCCGAGGAUCCCUACAAAAACUUUGGUAUGCCAUCUAUUGGUAGACUAACGAAGUACAUCGAACCAACUCAUAUUGACAAGGUGCGAUGUGACAGUGGUAUCAAGGAGGGUAGUGAGAUCAGUGUCUACUACGAUGCUAUGAUCUGUAAGCUGGUGACCUACGGUAAAACAAGGCAGGAAGCUUUGGACGUGAUGGUGAACGCCCUGGAUAGCUAUGUCAUAAAGGGUGUGACACAUAAUGUUCCCCUACUGAGAGACAUAUGUACGGAGGAAUCAUUUGUAGCCGGUGACAUUACUACAGAUUACCUUCCCAAUAUCUAUCCGGAUGGUUUUACAGGGAAGCAGUUAAGUGCCAGUGAAAACAAUAAUCUGGCUGCCAUAGCAACUAUUAUCUACAUCAGGGAUCAAAUCCUGUCUCGUAAUUUCCUCAACCAGACCAGAAUGCCUGCAUCAUCAGACCUUCCCACAGUAUGGUCACUCAGCGUCCAAAUUGAUGGUCGGUCGGUCCCUGUCUCAGCUUCGUGCGGUGGUGGCUAUGUAACGGUUGAGUGUAAUGGACAGAAGAUGUCUAUACUGGAUAGCCUUGACUUCUCCGCUCCUCUGCUGGAAGUCUUUAUUGACGGCCAACCCACACUCCUUCAGCUAACCCAAAGACUUGGAGCUGGAAAAUACAGACUGCGCUACCUUGGUACUGUGUUCCCGGUGACGGUGAUGGAUGAGUUCGCCAGUGAGAUGAUGAAGUACAUGCCUGAGAGGGUACCGGAGGAUCUGCCCACCAUGGUCACUGCUCCUAUGCCCGGGGUCAUCAAGAGUAUUGCUGUGGAGGUCGGCCAACAGAUUGGUGAAGGCCAGGAGGUGUGUGUACUAGAGGCAAUGAAGAUGCAGAACAGUCUGGUUGCCGGGGUAACUGGCAAGGUUAAGAAGAUUUUCUUCCAGCAGGGAGCAACAGUGGACGAGGGAGACCUCAUUAUAGAACUGGAGGAGGAGGAGGCCAAGAAAUAAAUGUUUACAACAUGUGAUCUCAGGAAGUUAUAUGGACAUUUCAGCUGAAUGUAAACAAUACAUAUCUGUUUAUGAGAAUUCAUCAAACUUACAUGUGAUACAAAGAUUAUGAUUGAAAGUUGAGAAUGUGUUUUUGUUAAGGAGAAAAAAGACAAUUGAAGAUUUCAUCCAUGCAAUUUUAGAUAAAAGGAUAUACAUACCAGUAUACAUGUACCUAAAAGUCAAAAGUUAUUAUAAAUGGUCAAAUUUUGCAUGGAGUAAUAGAGAUUUGCUUAUAAGUAUGUAAUCAGAAUAUCAACCUAUAACAGUGAUGGUUUUUGACAUAUAGACAGGGAUUUUAAUACCAAAUAGAGAUUUUUAUUUUAUUUUACAUACUCUAGUUAAGCCAGUACUGGCACAUGACAGUAGGAACUAUUAAUCUGAUACCGGGAUGGAAUGUCAGGACAGCUACAGAAACAACUCUCAAUGACAUGUAUUUCGUACUAAAUGAACCUCUUAAUUUAGUUUUCUUUUGUUAAUAUAAUAUACAAGUUCAUCAUCUUGUUUGGCUUCAUAGUAAACUAACGCAAAUGCUACAUAUUCAUUGGUGGGUAUGGAAAUGUUUUUGAUAAAAAUAACUACAUGUUAAUAUAACUAUUUUAAACCAUGUUUCUUUUGUUUUAUAAAAAUACACCCCAGUGAUACUGUAUUUAAAUGAACAUGUCUCUUUUUUAAUAAAGCUUUAGUUUCCCUCUUUUCUUUACAAUUAAAAAAUGAAAAUUCAUAUUGAAUAUAUAAGUAAAUGUAUCCAGUUAUCUUUAAGUUUUUGUUGCAAAAAAAAUAUUUGGAGUCAAACCUGGUUAUCUCAAAAAUAGUCAUGGUACCGUGACAGUAUAUUGAGGUAAAGAGGAUAUCUAAUAGCUGAAAUGCUUGUAAAAAGUGGGGCCUGGGAUAACAAUUUUGCUUUAUCAAACAUCAGUAGCCAUCAAACCUAGUCAACCAAUGUGUACUAUAAAGUUAAAACUAACAUUAAUAAAUCAUGCAAUGUACAAUACAAACUUUCAAAUAAAAACAUUCCACAAGUGUAACUUGUCUGAUACUUAGGGAACAUGUAAGAUUUGUUUUGAAGGUACUCACUAUCAAAUACAAUAAAAACACUAAUGAAACUUUUCUUUCAAUAAAGAAAACAAAAAACAAGAAAAUCAGUCUCAGAAAUUUUCUGAAUGAGGUAAGUUUGCUUUUUACCACAUGUGAUAUUAAGACUGGAAGUGUUUUAAUUGGUUGAAAGAUGAUGACACGAUGCUUUGUGGUGCCAUGCUUGAAACGAAGUUGCAUUUUUAUGUAUUAUUCAUCGAGAUUUCUUCCUGGUCAAACAUUGGAAUCAUGCAUGAAAUAUUGCUUCCUUGGCCUAACAAGACUUCUGAUGGAAGGGAUCCCAAACUGGUGAUGGUUAAUUAUUGUAUGCAUGUAUAUCUUACUCUUGUUAGUUAAUUUUCAAAUUGUAAACAUACACUCAGAAAAUCUGAGGUUUUUAUGAAGUUUGAAAAUUUACUUUUGUUAGAUAAACAAUAUAACCAGCCACCACUCUCUAUAAGGUAUAUAUUGUCAACCUGGCAACCUCUCUAUAAGGUAUAUAUUGUCAACCUGGCAACCUCUCUAUAAGGUUUAUAUUGUCAACCUGGCAACCUCUCUAUAAGGUAUAUAUUGUCAACCUGGCAACCUCUCUAUAAGGUUUAUAUUGUCAACCUGGCAACCUCUCUAUAAGGUAUAUAUUGUCAACCUGGCAACCUCUCUAUAAGGUUUAUAUUGUCAACCUGGCAACCUCUCUAUAAGGUAUAUAUUGUCAACCUGGCAACCUCUCUAUAAGGUUUAUAUUGUCAACCUGGCAACCUCUCUAUAAGGUAUAUAUUGUCAACCUGGCAACCUCUGUUUAAGGUAUAUAUUGUCAACCUAAAGAUUAUUUCCCAAUUUGAAUUUUCACCCGUGGGUCUUUCAGAACAAAUUCGCUGAGAUUUGAAUAAAUGAUCACCCCUUUGCAUUUCUAGGAUAGUCGUGAAUGUAGCUGAUUUUAAAGUUUGAACCAGUCUUGAUUUGACCCUUCUGUUCAAGAAGGUAAAGUAGAUGCUGCUGUUUGCUGUAUGGAAGUUCUGGGUGUGUGAUAAUGUUACCACUGUACAGAUACACUGUACUGUUGUAGGGUUGUUUGUAUUUAUACUUCAGUGCUAGGUUAAAUAUAGUGUAUUUUAAGAAUGAAUAUAGAUAUAUAAAUCCAAUAGUAUAAAUGAGUUGACCUGAAUUUACCAGUCAAAGUCAUACCAGGGCUAGAUAUUAAGAUUUGUUAUAAGUAAGUAUGAAUAUAAUUAUUGCCAGAUUCCUACAAUUGUAAAUACUACACACGUACUGUAAACGUACAUAUUUUAAAGUAUUUUUAUUUUAGUGUUUCUUUAGCACUUUGUGCUUAAUUAUAAUUGUACCAAUGGAUGUUUUCUAUUUGAUAUUUUGUGGUCCGCUAAUUCAUCAACACACCAAUCUGUUAAAACUUCAUAAUGCGCUAAAAUUUGACAGCACGUAAAUAAGAGUGUUUACAAUAGUUUGUUAUUUGUAUGUGUAGAUUUUUUGUAAGACCCUUGCCUUAUUUGAGAGAGAUGCCUGUAAAUGUUGUUGAAGACUUAUGUAAGAUAUUUUAUACAAAGCCAGGAUGUGAGAAAAAUUCUUCGUUUUGCAGCUAAAUUCUAGAAUAGAUCCUGAUGACUGAAGCUAUUCAUUAGACGGUACAUAGGCUAGCACUCAUUCUAUUUAUAUCAUCUCUUAGACUGCUCAGUCAUUGUACAAUAAAAAAACAUGUGAUAUUUGACAGUAGAUUUGCGUGGUGUGUGCUGAUCACCUUUUUGGUGUGUAAUAAAAUGUUUUGGAAAAACAAAA